AUGAUCAGCUGCUCUGAAUUUGGUAGCUACUUUCCGAAAUGCCUAACGACAUUUCUGUUUUUAUACACAGCUACGAUAACUGUGCUGAACGUGACUGUAUUUAGAGGCAUUGGGCUGGUUCUUUUGAGCAUAUUACUGAGCUUAAGCUUUUUCACGUAUUUCAAAGUCUUCAAAACGGGUCCUGGGAGCCCACUGGAUUUUCCCAAGUUGCAUAUCUCCGACCUGCAAGCUGCUGACCAGGGUGUCGAGCUUCCACCCAAAUUUCUAACCGAAAGUUCCGUCACUUUGAAGCGAAACGGUAGGUAUAGAUUUUGCCGUGAAUGUAUGGUUUGGAAGCCCGAUAGAUGUCAUCACUGCUCUGCGUGUAAUAGGUGCAUAUUGAAAAUGGACCAUCAUUGUCCGUGGUUCGCUGCUUGCGUUGGCUUCCGCAAUCAGCGCUAUUUCAUUCAAUUUUUACUCUACUCUUUAGCAUAUUCUGCCCUCAUAUUUCUGUGGGCAGGUACAGAUUUGCUCUUGUGGUUCAAGCGCGAAAGCUACAAGGACGAAACCAUAAAUUUAUCGUUACUGGUCGUGUGGAUCUUUUCAGUGGUCGUUGUGAUAUCGAUGAGCUUUUUCACGGGCUAUAGCGUAUACAUGGUCACUGCCAACAAAACAACCAUUGAAAUGUAUGAGUCAUCAGAACAGAAGUCGCGUUUGAGUCUUUUUGAUGAAAUGCACGGCACAAACACCUCUGCAAACGCCAAUUUAUUCGAUCUAGGGUCUGCAUCCACCAAUUGGCGAGGUAUUAUGGGCCAAUCUAUGCGCGAGUGGUUUCUGCCUAUAGAAUUGGAUGUACAAGCGAGAAACAGGUACAGCCUCGAUGAACAUGGGCUUUAUUUCAAGGUAAAUUCCGACAUGCAACAGCAAGUUCAAGAGAGCAUGAACUUGCAGGAACAACUUAUGAGACGGCUAACACCACGGUCGUCAUAUGAUGACGACAGGUUACGUCCUAUCGACUUCGCCGUGUGA